AUGUCAACAACGCAAGGAUCUUCGAGCAAGCUUGAUGAUAAACGUUUAUAUAUCGGCAAUCUAGAUCCUGCUAUCGAUGAAUAUACCGUAGUAAAGCUAUUUGAACCUUAUGGAAAAAUAACGCAUCUCGAUUAUCUUUUUCACAAGAGUGGACCUAAACGUGGUCAACCAAGAGGCUAUUGCUUUAUAGAAUAUAGUAAAAAGGAGGAAGCACUGAAAGCUAUGACGGCUAUGCAUUCUAAAGUGAUUAAGAAUCGUUCCAUGAUUGUUACAUUUGCGUAUGCGGCGUCAGAAAACUGUGAUAGUAAAAGCAUAGGUGGUUUAAAGAAAAGGUCAUCUACAACUACGAGUAAUAGACCGACAACUAUUUCAUUGCUAAAGUCACAUCAAAUGGUUAAUGUUAGCACGGACGCAAAAAUACAAGCGUUAGAACGGAAAUUAGCACAAAUGAAGCAAGGUCAAUCAUCUAAUUCGUCUUCUGUAAAAACGUCACCGCUAUCUUCGUUACCCAACCAAUCUAAACAGCCUACAACAAUAAGAAAUUCCUCACCUUCCACGAAUACAGUUAAACACAGUGAACAAAGAUUUAAACCAUAUUAA